UCUCCCGAUCUCAAUCACCCCGCCCCAUUCUCCCGUUUUCCAUCACCCCUCCCCAUUCUUCCUCUUUCCAUCACCCGGCCCUGUUCUCCCGCUUUUAAUCACCCCGCCCUAUUCUCCCGGUUUCCAUCACCCCGCCCCAUUCUCCCUCUAUCCAUCACCCUGCCCCAUUCUCCCACUUUCGAUCACCCCGCCCCAUUCUCUUGCUUUCCAUCACCCCGCCCCAUUCUCCCGCUUUCCAUCACCCCGCCCCAGUCUCCCGCUUUCCAUCACCCCGCCCCAUUCUCCGGCUUUCUAUCACUCGCCCCAUUCUCCCGCUUUCCAUCACCCCGCCCCAUUCUCCCGCUUUCCAUCACCCCGCCCCAUUCUCCUGCUUUCCAUCACCCCGCCCCAUUCACCCUCUUUCCAUCACCCCGCCCCAUUCUCCCGCUUGUCAUCACCCCGCCCCAUUCUCCCGCUUUCCAUCACCCCGCCCACCAUCACCCCUCCCCAUUCUCCCUCUUUCCAUCACCCCACCCCAUUCACCCUCUUUCCAUCACCCCGCCCCAUUCUCCCUCUUUCCAUGACCCCGCCCCAUUCCCCCUCUUUCCAUCACCCCGCCCCAUUCUCCCUGUUUCCAUCACCCCGCCCCAUUCUCCCUGUUUCCAUCACCCCGCCUCAUUCUCACGCUUUCCAUCACCCCGCCCCAUUGUCCCGCUUUCCAUCACCCCGCCCCGUUCUCCCGCUUUCUUUCACCCCGCCCCAUUUUCCCGCUUUCCAUCAUCCCGCCCCGUUCUCCCGCUUUCCAUCACCCUGCCCCGUUCUCCCGCUUUCCAUCACCUCGCCCCGUUCUCCCGCUUUCCAUCACCCUGCCCCGUUCUCCCGCUUUCCAUCACCCUGCCCCGUUCUCCCGCUUUCCAUCACCUCGCCCCGUUCUCCCGCUUUCCAUCACCUCGCCCCGUUCUCCCGCUUUCCAUCACCCCGCCCCAUUCUCCCCCUUUCCAUCACCCCGCCCUAGUCUCCCGCUCUCAAUCACCCCGCCCCAUUCUCCCGUUUUCCAUCACCCCUCCCCAUUCUCCCUCUCUCCAUCACCCUGCCCCAUUCUCCCUCUUUCCAUCACCCCGCCCUGUUCUCCCGCUUUCAAUCACCCCGCCCCAUUCUCCCGCUUUGCAUCAACCCGCCCCAUUCUCCCUCUUUUCAUCACCCCUCUCCAUUCUCCCUCUUUCCAUCACCCUGCCCUAUUCUCCUGCUUUCCAUCACCCCACCCCAUUCUCCCUCUUUCCAUCACCCCGCCCCAUUCUCCCGCUUUCCAUCACCCCGCCCCAUUCUCCCUCUUUCCACCACCUGGCCCCAUUCUCCCUGUUUCCAUUACCCCUCCCCAUUCUCCCUCUUUCCAUCACCCCGCCCCAUUCUCCCGCUUUCCAUCACCCCGCCCCAUUCUCCCGCUUUCCAUCACCGCGCCCCGUUCUACCACUUUCCAUCACCCCACUCCGUUCUCCCGCUUUCCAUCACCUCGCCUCGUUCUCCCGUCUCCCGAUCUCAAUCACCCCGCCCCAUUCUCCCGUUUUCCAUCACCCCUCCCCAUUCUUCCUCUUUCCAUCACCCGGCCCUGUUCUCCCGCUUUUAAUCACCCCGCCCUAUUCUCCCGGUUUCCAUCACCCCGCCCCAUUCUCCCUCUAUCCAUCACCCUGCCCCAUUCUCCCACUUUCGAUCACCCCGCCCCAUUCUCUUGCUUUCCAUCACCCCGCCCCAUUCUCCCGCUUUCCAUCACCCCGCCCCAGUCUCCCGCUUUCCAUCACCCCGCCCCAUUCUUCCUCUUUUCAAAACCCCGCCCCAUUCUCCCGCUUUCCAUCACUCCGCCCCAUUCUCCAGCUUUCCAUCACCCCGCUCCAUUCUCGCUCUCUCCAUCACCCCGCCCCUUUCUCCCGUUUUCCAUCACCCCACCCCAUUCUCCUUCUUUCCAUCACCCCGCCCCAUUCUCCCUCUUUCCAUCACCCCGCCCCAUUCCCCCUCUUUCCAUCACCCCGCCCCAUUCUCCCUGUUUCCAUCACCCCGCCUCAUUCUCACGCUUUCCAUCACCCCGCCCCAUUCUCGCGCUUUCCAUCACCCCGCCCCGUUUUCCCGCUUUCUUUCACCCCGCCCCAUUUUCCCGCUUUCCAUCAUCCCGCCCCGUUCUCCCGCUUUCCAUCACCCCGCCCCGUUCUCCCGCUUUCCAUCACCUCGCCCCGUUCUCCCGCUUUCCAUCACCCCGCCCCGUUCUCCCGCUUUCCAUCACCCUGCCCCAUUCUCUCCCUUUCCAUCACCGCGCCCCAGUCUCCCGCUGUCAAUCACCCCGCCCCAUUCUCCCGUUUUCCAUCACCCCUCCCCAUUCUCCCUCUCUCCAUCACCCCGCCCCAUUCUCCCUCUUUCUAUCACCCCGCCCUGUUCUCCCGCUUUCAAUCACCCCGCCCCAUUCUCCCGCUUUGCAUCACCCCGCCCCAUUCUCCCUCUUUCCAUCACCCCGCCCCAUUCUCCCUCUAUCCAUCACCCCGCCCCAUUCUCCCGCUUUCCAUCACCCUAUCCCAUUCUCCCGCUUUCCAUCACCCCGCCCCAUUUUCUUGCUUUCCAUCACCCCGCCCCAUUCUCCCGCUUUCCAUCACCCCGCCCCAUUCUCCGGCUUUCUAUCACCCCGCCCCAUUCUCCCGCUUUCCAUCACCCCGCCCCAUUCUCCCGCUUUCCAUCACCCCGCCCCAUUCUCCUGCUUUCCAUCACCCCGCCCCAUUCACCCUCUUUCCAUCACCCCGCCCCAUUCUCCCGCUUGUCAUCACCCCGCCCCAUUCUCCCGCUUUCCAUCACCCCGCCCACCAUCACCCCUCCCCAUUCUCCCUCUUUCCAUCACCCCACCCCAUUCACCCUCUUUCCAUCACCCCGCCCCAUUCUCCCUCUUUCCAUGACCCCGCCCCAUUCCCCCUCUUUCCAUCACCCCGCCCCAUUCUCCCUGUUUCCAUCACCCCGCCCCAUUCUCCCUGUUUCCAUCACCCCGCCUCAUUCUCACGCUUUCCAUCACCCCGCCCCAUUGUCCCGCUUUCCAUCACCCCGCCCCGUUCUCCCGCUUUCUUUCACCCCGCCCCAUUUUCCCGCUUUCCAUCAUCCCGCCCCGUUCUCCCGCUUUCCAUCACCCUGCCCCGUUCUCCCGCUUUCCAUCACCUCGCCCCGUUCUCCCGCUUUCCAUCACCCUGCCCCGUUCUCCCGCUUUCCAUCACCCUGCCCCGUUCUCCCGCUUUCCAUCACCUCGCCCCGUUCUCCCGCUUUCCAUCACCUCGCCCCGUUCUCCCGCUUUCCAUCACCCCACCCCAUUCUCCCCCUUUCCAUCACCCCGCCCUAGUCUCCCGCUCUCAAUCACCCCGCCCCAUUCUCCCGUUUUCCAUCACCCCUCCCCAUUCUCCCUCUCUCCAUCACCCCGCCCCAUUCUCCCUCUUUCCAUCACCCCGCCCUGUUCUCCCGCUUUCAAUCACCCCGCCCGAUUCUCCCGCUUUGCAUCAACCCGCCCCAUUCUCCCUCUUUUCAUCACCCCUCUCCAUUCUCCCUCUUUCCAUCACCCUGCCCUAUUCUCCUGCUUUCCAUCACCCCACCCCAUUCUCCCUCUUUCCAUCACCCCGCCCCAUUCUCCCGCUUUCCAUCACCCCGCCCCAUUCUCCCUCUUUCCACCACCUGGCCCCAUUCUCCCUGUUUCCAUUACCCCUCCCCAUUCUCCCUCUUUCCAUCACCCCGCCCCAUUCUCCCGCUUUCCAUUACCCCGCCCCAUUCUCCCGCUUUCCAUCACCGCGCCCCGUUCUCCCACUUUCCAUCACCCCACUCCGUUCUCCCGCUUUCCAUCACCUCGCCUCGUUCUCCCGUCUCCCGAUCUCAAUCACCCCGCCCCAUUCUCCCGUUUUCCAUCACCCCUCCCCAUUCUUCCUCUUUCCAUCACCCGGCCCUGUUCUCCCGCUUUUAAUCACCCCGCCCUAUUCUCCCGGUUUCCAUCACCCCGCCCCAUUCUCCCUCUAUCCAUCACCCUGCCCCAUUCUCCCACUUUCGAUCACCCCGCCCCAUUCUCUUGCUUUCCAUCACCCCGCCCCAUUCUCCCGCUUUCCAUCACCCCGCCCCAGUCUCCCGCUUUCCAUCACCCCGCCCCAUUCUUCCUCUUUUCAAAACCCCGCCCUAUUCUCCCGCUUUCCAUCACUCCGCCCCAUUCUCCAGCUUUCCAUCACCCCGCUCCAUUCUCGCUCUCUCCAUCACCCCGCCCCUUUCUCCCGUUUUCCAUCACCCCACCCCAUUCUCCUUCUUUCCAUCACCCCGCCCCAUUCUCCCUCUUUCCAUCACCCCGCCCCAUUCUCCCUCUUUCCAUCACCCCGCCCCAUUCUCUCGCUUUCCAUCAUCCCGCCCCAUUCUCCCUCUUUCCAUCACCCAACCUUGUUCUCCCUCUUUCCAUCACCCCGCCCCACUCUCCAUCUUUCCAUCAUCCCGCCCCAUUCUCCCACCUUCCAUCACCCAGCCCCAUUCUCCCUCUUUACAUCACCCCGCCCCAUUCUCCCGAUUUCUACCACACCGCCCGAUUCUCCCGCUUUCCAUCACCCCGCCCCAUUCUCCCUCUUUCCAUCACCCCGCCCCAUUCUCCCGCUUUCCAUCACCCCGCCCCAUUUUCCCUCUUUUCAUCACCCCGCCCCAUUCUCCCGCUUUCCAUCACCCCGCCCCAUUCUCCCGCUUUCCAUAACCCCGCCCCAUUCUCCCUCCUUUCAUCACCCGCCCCAUUCUCCCUCCGUCCAUCACCCCGCCCCAUUCUCCCUCCUUCCAUCACCCCGCCCCAUUCUCCCACUUUCCAUCGGCCCGCCCCAUUCUCCCGCUUUCCAUCACCCCGCCCCAUUCUCCCGCUUUCCAUCACCCUGCCCCAUGGUCCCGCUUUCCAUCACCCUGCCCCAUUCUCCCGCUUUCCAUCAGCCCACCCCAUUCUCCCGCUUUCCAUCACCCCGCCCCAUUCUCCCGCUUUCCAUCACCCUGCCCCAUUCUCCCUCCUUCCAUCACCCCGCCUCAUUCUACCUCCUUCCAUCACCCCGCCCCAUUCUCCCGCUUUGCAUCACCUCGCCCCAUUCUCCCGCUUUCCAUCACCCCGCCCCAUUCUUCUGCUUUCCAUCACCCCGCCCCAUUCUCCCGCUUUCCAUCACCCCGCCCCAUUCACCCGCUUUCCAUCACCCCGCCCCAUUCUCCUGCUUUUCAUCACCCCGCCCCAUUCUCCCGCUUUCCAUCACCCCGCCCCAUUCUCCCGCUUUCCAUCACCCCGCCCCAUUCUCCUGCUUUUCAUCACCCCGCCCCAUUCUCCCGCUUUCCAACACCCCGCCCCAUUCUCCCGCUUUCCAUCACCUCGCCCCAUUCUCCCGCUUUCCAUCACCCUGCCCCAUUCUCCCGCUUUCAAUCACUCCGCCCCAUUCUCCCGCUUUCCAUCACCCCGCCCCAUUCUCCCUCUUUCCAUCACCCUGCCCCAUUUUCCCUCUUUCCAUCACCCCGCCCCAUUCUCCCGCUUUCCAUCACCCUGGCCCAUUCUCUCGCUUUCCAUCAUCCCGCUCCAUUGUCCCGCUUUCCAUGACCCCGCCCAAUUCUCCCUCUUUCCAUCACCCCUCCCCAUUCUCCCUUUUUCCAUCACCCCGCCCCAUUCUCCCUCUUUCCAUCACACCGCCCCAUUCUCCUGCUUUCCAUCACCCCGCCCCAUUCUCCCUCUUUCCAUCACCCCGCCCCAUUCUCCCUCUUUCCAUCACCCCGCCCCAUUCUCCCGCUUUCCAUCACCCCGCGCCAUUUUCCCUCUUUCCAUCACCCCGCCCCAUUCUCCCGCUUUCCAUCACCCCGCCCCAUUCUCUCGCUUUCCAUCAUCCCGCUCCAUUGUCCCGCUUUCCAUCACCCCGCCUAAUUCUCCCUCUUUCCAUCACCCCUCCCCAUUCUCCCUUUUUCCAUCACCCCGCCCCAUUCUCCCGCUUUCCAUCACACCGCCCCAUUCUCCCUCUUUCCAUCACCCCGCCCCACUCUCCCGCCUUCCAUCACCCCGCCCAAUUCUCCCUCUUUCCAUCACUCCGCCCCAUUCUCCCUCUUUCCAUCACCCCGCCCCAUUCUCCCGCUUUCCAUCACCCCGCCCCAUUAUCCCUCUUUCCAUCACCCCGCCCCAUUCUCCCUCUUUCCAUCACUCCGCCCCAUUCUCCCGCUUUCCAUCACCCCGCGCCAUUUUCCCUCUUUCCAUCACCGCGCCCCAUUCUCCCGCUUUCCAUCACCCCGCCCCAUUCUCUCGCUUUCCAUCAUCCCGCUCCAUUGUCUGCUUUCCAUCACCUCGCCCAAUUCUCCCUCUUUCCAUCACCCCUCCCCAUUCGCCCUUUUUCCAUCACUUCGCCCCAUUCUCCCACUUUCCAUCACCCCGCCCCAUUCUCCCUCUUUCCAUCACCCCGCCCCAUUCUCCCUCUUUCCAUCACCCCGCCCCAUUCUUCCGCUUUCCAUCACCCCGCCCCAUUCUACCGCUUUCCGUCACCCUUCCCCAUUCUCCAACUUUCCAGCACCCCGCCCCAUUCUCCCUCUUUCCUUCACCCCUCCCCAUUCUCCUGCUUUCCAUCACCCCAUCCCAUUCUCCCUCUUUCCAUCACCCCGCCCCAUUCUCCCUCUUUCCAUCACCCUGCCCUAUUCUCCCUCUAUCCAUCACCCCGCCCAAUUCUCUCGCUUUCCAUCACCCCGUCCCAUUCUCCCGCUUUCCAUCACCCCGCCCCAUUCUUCUGCUUUCCAUCACCCCACCCCAUCCUCCCUCUUUCCAUCACCCCGCCCCAUUCUCCCGAUUUCCAUCACCCCGCCCCGUUCCCCCGCUUUCCAUCACCCCGCCCCAUUCUUCCGCUUUCCAUCAUCCCGCCCCAUUCUCCCGCUUUCCAUCACCCCGCCCCAUUCUUACUCUUUCCAUCACCCCGCCCCAUUCUUCCUCUUUCCAUCACCCCGCCCCAUUCUCUUGAUUUCCAUCACCCCGCCCCAUUCUCCCACUUUCCAUCACCCCGCCCCAUUCUCCCUCUUUCCAUCACCCCGCCCCAUUCUUCCUCUUUCCAUCACCCCGCCCCACUCUCCCGCCUUCCAUCACCCCGCCCAAUUCUCCCUCUUUCCAUCACCCCGCCCCAUUCUCCCUCUUUCCAACACCCCGCCCCAUUCUCCCGCUUUCCAUCACCCCGCCCCAUUCUCCCUCUUUCCAUCACCCCGCCCCAUUCUCCCUCUUUCCAUCACCCCGCCCCAUUUUCCUGCUUUCCAUCACCCCGCGCCAUUUUCCCUCUUUCCAUCACCCCGCCCCAUUCUCCCGCUUUCCAUCACCCCGCCCCAUUCUCUCGCUUUCCAUCAUCCCGCUCCAUUGUCUGCUUUCCAUCACCCCGCCCAAUUCUCCCUCUUUCCAUCACCCCUCCCCAUUCUCCCUUUUUCCAUCACUUCGCCCCAUUCUCCCGCUUUCCAUCACCCCGCCCCAUUCUCCCUCUUUCCAUCACCCCGCCCCAUUCUCCCUCUUUCCAUCACCCCGCCCCAUUCUUCCGCUUUCCAUCACCCCGCCCCAUUCUACCGCUUUCCGUCACCCUACCCCAUUCUCCAACUUUCCAGCACCCCGCCCCAUUCUCCCUCUUUCCAUCACCCCGCCCCAUUCUCCCUCUUUCCAUCACCCUGCCCCAUUCUCCCUCUAUCCAUCACCCCGCCCAAUUCUCUCGCUUUCCAUCACCCCGCCCCAUUCUCCCGCUUUCCAUCACCCCGCCCCAUUCUUCUGCUUUCCAUCACCCCACCCCAUCCUCCCUCUUUCCAUCACCCCGCCCCAUUCUCCCGAUUUCCAUCACCCCGCCCCGUUCCCCCGCUUUCCAUCACCCCGCCCCAUUCUCCCGCUUUCCAUCAUCCCACCCCAUUCUCCCGCUUUCCAUCACCCCGCCCCAUUCUUCCUCUUUCCAUCACCCCGCCCCAUUCUUCCUCUUUCCAUCACCCCGCCCCAUUCUCCCGAUUUCCAUCACCCCGCCCCAUUCUCCCACUUUCCAUCACCCCGCCCCAUUCUCCCUCUUUCCAUCACCCCGCCCCAUUCUCCCUCUUUCCAUCACCCCGCCCCACUCUCCCGCCUUCCAUCACCCCGCCCAAUUCUCCCUCUUUCCAUCACCCCGCCCCAUUCUUCCUCUUUCCAUCACCCUGCCCCAUUCUCCCGCUUUCCAUCACCCCGCCCCAUUCUCCCUCUUUCCAUCACCCCGCCCCAUUCUCCCUGCUUCCAUCACCCCGUCCCAUUCUCCCGCUUUCCAUCACCCCGCGCCAUUUUCCCUCUAUCCAUCACCCCGCCCCAUUCUCCCGCUUUCCAUCACCCCGCCCCAUUCCAGCUUUCCAUCACCCCGCCCCAUUCUCCCGCUUUCUAUCACCCCGCCCCAUUCUCCCGCUUUCCAUCACCCCGCCCCAUUCUCCCGUUUUCCAUCACCCCGCCCCAUUCUCCCCCUUUCCAUCACCCCGCCCCAUUCUUCCUCUUUUCAUCACCCCGCCCCAUUCUCCCUCUUUCUAUCACCCCACCCCAUUCUCCCUCUUUCCAUCGCCCCGUCCUAUUCUUCCGCUUUUCAUCACCCCGCCCCAUUCGCCCUCUUUCCAUCACCCCGCCCCAUUCCCCCUCCUUCCAUCAGCCAACCCCAGUCUCCCGAUCUCCAUCACCCCGCCCUAUUCUCCCUAUUUCUAUCACCCCGCCCCAUUCUCCCGCUUUCCAUCACCCCGCCCCAUUCUCCCGCUAUCCAUCACCCCGCCCCAUUCUCCCGCUUUCCAUCACCCCGCCCCAUUCCCGCUUUCCAUCACCCCGCCCCAUUCUCCCGCUUUCCAUCACCCCGCCCCAUUGUCCCUCUUUCCAUCACCCCGCCCCAUUCUCCCUCUUUCCAUCACCCUGCCCCAUUCUCCCACUUUCCAUCACCCCACCCCAUUCUCCCACUUUCAAUCACCCCGCCCCAUUCUCCCCCUUUCCAUCACCCCGCCCCAUUCUCCCGCUUUCCAUCACCCCGCCCCAUUCUCCCGCUUUCCAUCAACCCGCCCCAUUCUCCCUCUUUCCAUCACCCCGCCCUAAUCUCCCUCUUUCCAUCACCCCGACCCAUUCUCCCGCUUUCCAUCACCCCGCCCCAUUCUCCCUCUUUCCAUCAGCCUGCCCAAUUCUCACGCUUUCCAUCACCCAGCCCCAUUCUCCUGCUUUCCAUCACCCCGCCCCAUUCUCCCGCUUUCCAUCACCCCGCCCCAUUCUCCCUCCUUCCAUCACCCCGCCCCAUUCUCCCGCUUUCCAUCACCCCGCCCCAUUCUCCCUCCUUCCAUCACCCCGCCCCAUUCUCCCUCCUUCCAUCACCCCGCCCCAUUCUCCCGCUUUCCAUCACCCCGCCCCAUUCUCCCGCUUCCCAUAACCCCACCCCCUUCUCCUGCUUUCCAUCACCCGCCACAUUCUCCCGCUUUCUAUCACCCCGCCCGAUUCUCCCUCCUUCCAUCAACCCGCCCCAUUCUCCCGCUUUCCAUCACCCCGCCCCAUUCUCCCGAUUUCCAUCACCCAGCCCCAUUCUCCUGCUUUCCAUCACCCCGCCCCAUUCUCCCGCUUUCCAUCACCCUGCCCCAUUCUCCCGCUUUCCAUCAUCCCGCCCCAUUCUCCCUCCUUCCAUCACCCGCCCCAUUCUCCCGCUUUCCAUCACUCCGCCCUAUUCUCCCUCCUUCCAUCACCCCACCCCAUUCUCCCUCCUUCCAUCACCCCGCCCCAUUCCCCAUUCUCCCGCUUUCCAUCACCCCGCCCCAUUUUCCCGCUUUCCAUCACCCCGCCCCAUUCUCCCGCUUUCCAUCACCCUGCCCCAAUCUCCCGCUUUCCAUCACCCCACCCCAUUCUCCCUCCUUCCAUCACCCCGCCCCAUCCUCCCGCUUUCCAUCACCCCGCCCCAUUCUCCCGCUUUCCAUCACCAAGCCCCAUUCUCCCGCUUUCCAUCACCCCGCCCAAUUCUCCCGCUUUCCAUCACCCCGCCCCAUUCUCCCGCUUUCCAUCACCCCGCCCCAUUCUCCCUCCUUCCAUCACCCCGCCCCAUUCUCCCGCUUUCCAUCACCCCGCCCCAUUCUCCCUCCUUCCAUCAACCCGCCACAUUCUCCCUCCUUCCAUCACCCCGCCCCAUUCUCCCGCUUUCCAUCACCCCGCCCCAUUCUCCCGCUUCCCAUAACCCCACCCCCUUCUCCCGCUUUCCAUCACACCGCCACAUUCUCCCGCUUUCUAUCACCCCGCCCCAUUCUCCCUCCUUCCAUCACUCCGCCCCAUUCUCCCGCUUUCCAUCACCCCGCCCCAUUCUCCGGAUUUCCAUCACCCCACCCCAUUCUCCCGCUUUCCAUCACCCCGCCCCAUUCUCCCGCUUUCCAUCACCCCGCCCCAUUCUCCCGCUUUCCAUCAUCCCGCCCCAUUCUCCCUCCUUCCAUCACCCCGCCCCAUUGUCCCGCUUUCCAUCACUCCGCCCCAUUCUCCCUCCUCCCAUCACCCCGCCCCAUUCUCCCGCUUUCCAUCAGCCCGCCCCAUUCUCCCGCUUUCCAUCACCCCUCCCCUUUCUCCCGCUUUCCAUCUCCCCGCCCCAUUCUCCCGCUUCCCAUCACCCCGCCCCAUUCUCCCGCUUUCCAUCACCCCGCCCCAUUCUUCCGCUUCCCAUCAUCCCGCCCCAUUCCCCCGCUUUCCAUCACCCCGCCCCAUUCUCUCGCUUUCCAUCACCCCGCCCAAUUCUCCCGCUUUCCAUCAGCCCGCCCCAUUUUCCCGCUUUCCAUCACCCCGCCCCAUUCUUCCGCUUCCCAUCAUCCCAUCCCAUUCCCCCCCUUUCCAUCACCCCUCCCCAUUCUCCCUCCUUCCAUCACCCCGCCCCAUUCUCCCCCUUUCCAUCACCCGCCACAUUCUCCCGCUUUCCAUCACCCCGCCCCAUUCUCCCGCUUUCCAUCACCCUGCCCCAUUCUCCCGCUUUCCAUCACCCCGCCCCAUUCUCCCGCUUUCCAUCACUACGCCCCAUUCUCCCGCUUUCCAUCACCCCGCCCCAUUCUCCUGCUUUCCAUCACCCCGCCCCAUUCUUCUCCUUCCAUCACCCCGCCUCAUUCUACCUCCUUCCAUCACCCCGCCCCAUUCUCCCGCUUUCCAUCACCCUGCCCCAUUCUCCCGCUUUCCAUCACCCCGCCCCAUUCUCCCGCUUUCCAUCACCCCGCCCCAUUCUCCCGCUUUCCAUCACCCCGCCCCAUUCUCCCGCUUUCCAUCACUACGCCCCAUUCUCCCGCUUUCCAUCACCCCGCCCCAUUCUCCUGCUUUCCAUCACCCCGCCCUAUUCUUCUCCUUCCAUCACCCCGCAUCAUUCUACCUCCUUCCAUCCCCCCGCCCCAUUCUCCCGCUUUCCAUCACCCCGCCCCAUUCUCCCGCUUUCCAUCACCCCGCCCCUGUCUCCCGCUUUCCAUCACCACGCCCCAUUGUCCCGCUUUCCAUCACCCCGCCCCAUUCUCCCUCCUUCCAUCACCCUGCCCCAUGCUCCCGCUUUCCGUCACCCCGCCCCAUUCUCCCGAUUUUUAUCAGCCCGCCACAUUCUCCCACUUUCCAUCACCCCGCCCCAUUCUCCCUCCUUCCAUCACCCCGCACCAUUCUCCCUCCUUCCAUCACCCUGCCCCAUUCUCCCUCCUUUGAUCACCCCGCCCCAUUCUCCCGCUUUCCAUCAGCCCUCCCCAUUCUUCCUCCUUCCAUCACCCCGCCCCAUUCUCCCGCUUUCCAUCACCCCGCCCCAUUCUCCCUCCUUCCAUCACCCCGCCCCAUUCUCCCUCAUUCCAUCACCCCGCUCCAUUCUCCCGCUUUCCAUCACCCCACCCCAUUCUCCCGCUUUUCAUCAGCCCGCCCCAUUCUCCCGCUUUCCAUCUCCCCGCCCCAUUCUCCCGCUUUCCAUCACCCCGCCCCAUUCUCCCGCUUUCCAUCACCCCGCCCCAUUCUUCCGCUUCCCAUCAUCCCACCCCAUUCCCCCGCUUUCCAUCACCCCUCCCCAUUCUCCCUCCUUCCAUCACCCCGCCCCAUUCUCUCGCUUUCCAUCACCCCGCCCCGUUCUCCCUCUUUCCAUCACACCACCCCAUUCUCCCGCUUUCCAUCACCCUGCCCCAUUCUCCCUCCUUCCAUCUCCCCGCCCAAUUCUCCUGCUUUCUAUCACCCAGCCCCAUUCUCCCUCCUUCCAUCACCCUGCCCCAUUCUCCCGCUUUCCAUCACCCCGCCCAAUUCUCCCUCUUUCCAUCACCCCUCCCCAUUCUCCCUCUUUCCAUCACCCCGCCCCAUUCUCCCGCUUUCCAUCACCCCGCCCCAUUCUCCCUCUUUCCAUCACCCCGCCCGAUUCUCCCGCUUUCCAUCACCCCGCCCCAUUCUCCCUCUUUCCAUCACCCUGCCCCAUUCUCCCUCUUUCCAUCACCCCAUCCCAUUCUCCCGCUUUCCAUCGCCCCGCCCCAUUCUCCCGCUUUCGAUCACCCCGCCUCAUUCUCCCGCUUUCUAUCACCCCGCCCCAUUCUCCCUCUUUCCAUCACCCCGCCGUAUUCUCCCUCUUUCCAUCACCCCGCCCCAUUCUCCCGCAUUCCAUCACCACGCCCCAUUCUCCCGCUUUCCAUCACCCCGUCCCAUUCUCCCGCUUUCCAUCACCCCGCCCCAUUCUCCCUCUUUCCAUCACCCUGCCUCAUUCUCCCUCUUUCCAUCACCCUGCUCCAUUCUCCCGCUUUCCAUCACCCCGCCCAAUUCUCCCGCUUUCCAUCACCCUUCCCCUUUUUCCCUCUUUCCAUCACCCUGCCCCACUCUCCCGCUUUCCAUCACCCCGCCCUAUUCUCCCUCUUUCCAUCACCCCGCCCCAUUCUCCCGCUUUCCAUCACCCUGCCCCAUUCUCCCUCUUUCCAUCACCCCGCCCCAUUCUCCCGCUUUCCAUCACCCCGCCCCAUUCUCCCUCUUUUCAUCACCCUGCACCAUUCACCCUCUUUCCAUCACCCCACCCCAUACUCCCGCUUUCCAUCGCCCCGCCCCAUUCUCCCGCUUUCCAUCACCCCGCCCCUUUCUCCCGCUUUCCAUCACCCCACCCCAUUCUCUCGCUUUCCAUCACCCCGCCCCAUUCUCCCGCUUUCCAUCACACCGCCCCAUUCUCCCGCUUUCCAUCACCCCUCUCCGUUCUCCCUCUUUCCAUCACCUCGCCCCAUCCUCCCUCAUUCCAUCACCCCGCACCAUUCUCCCGCUUUCCAUCACCCCACACCAUUCUCCCGCUUUCCAUCACCCCGCCCCAUUCUACUGCGUUCCAUCACCCCGUCCCAUUCUCCCGCUUUCCAUCACCCCGCCCAAUUUUCCCUCUUUCCAUCACCCCGACCCAUUCUCCCUCUUUCCAUCACCCCGCCCCAUUCUCCCCCAAUCCAUCACCCCUCCCCAUUCUCCCGAUUUCCAUCACCCCGUCCCAUUCUCCCGCUUUCCAUCACCCCGCCCCAUUCUCCCUCUUUCCAUCACCCCGCCCCAUUCUCCCCCAAUCCAUCACCCCGCCCCAUUUUCACUCUUUCCAUCACCCCGCCCCAUUCUCCCGCUUUCCAUCACCCCGCUCCAUUCUCCCGCUUUCCAACACCCCACCCAAUUCUCCCUCUUUCCAUCACCCCUCCCCAUUCUCCCUCUUUCCAUCACCCAGCCCCAUUCUCCCGCGUUCCAUCACCCCGCCCCAUUCUCCCUCUUUCCAUCAUUGCGCCCCAUUCUCCCUCCUUCCAUCACCCCGCCCCAUUCUCUCGCUUUCCAUCACCCCGCCCCAUUCUCCCGUUUUCCAUCACACCGCCCCAUUCUCCUGCUUUCCAUCACCCCGCUCCAUUCUCCCGCUUUCCAUCAACCCGCCCCAUUCUCCCUCCUUCCACCACCCCGCCCCUUUCUCCCGUUUUCCGACACCCCGCCCCAUUCUCCCGCUUCCCAUCACCCCGCCCCAUUCUUCCGCUUUCCAUCACCCUGCCCCAUUCUCCCUCCUUCCAUCACCCCGCCCCAUUCUCUCUCCUUCCAUCACCCCGCCCCAUUCUCCCGCUUUCCAUCACCACGCCCCACUCUCCCACUAUCUAUCACGCCGCCCCAUAGAGAUAGGCGCCCAUAGAGAUAGGCACCCAUAG